UCAUUGGAUUCUACACGUGUUACUAAAACAACAAGUCAACAAAUCAACGUAAAUUUAAAAAAUAAAUUUUGUUUAUUAAUUUGAAUAUUAUAAUAUUUUUAUAUUGUUUUUUUAUAAUAAUAAAUUGAUAAUUAAUAACAUAAACAAUGAGUGAUGAAAAUGAAACAAAUAAAUUAUGGAAAAUAAGAGUAACAUUAAUGGAAAUGUGUCGUGCCAGAGGUUAUGUUGUUGAUGAUGAUGAAAUAAAUUUAUCAUUACAAGGUUUUAAAGAUAAAUUUGGUGAUAGACCAGGCUCAGGAAGACCAUCAAGAACUGAUUUAAAUAUUCAAGUUUUCCAUAGUACAGAUGUAAAUGAUCAAAUGUUUAUAUUUUUUCCUGAAGAUGCUAAAAUUGGUGUUAAAAUAAUCAAAGAAUAUUGUCAACGUAUGAAAUGUGAAAAUGUUAAAAGGGCAAUAUUGGUUCUUCAAGGUGGUUUGACACCAUCAGCAAAACAGGCAAUAUUGACAAUGGCACCAGCUUAUGUCAUAGAAUAUUUCUUGGAAAAUGAACUUGUUAUUAAUGUUACAAAACAUUGUCUUGUACCAGAACAUAUUGUUCUAACACCAGAUGAAAAAAUGGCUGUUUUAAAAAAAUAUAAACUUCAAGAACAUCAAUUAAAUCGUAUAGUAAUGAAUGAUCCAGUUUGUAGAUUUUUUGGAUGUAAAAAAGGACAAGUUAUACAAAUAAAUCGUCCAUGUGAAGAUGAUGACUCUGAAGAUGAAAAUGCUGAAAAAGGACCAACAACUGUUGCUUAUCGUCUUGUUGUUUAAUUAUCAUAAAUACUAUAUUAUUUAUUUAUAUUUUUUUUUUCUUGUUUUAAAUCAUUCAACACUCAUCAACACUUGUAAAUUAACAAAAUAAAGUCAUCAAAUAAACAACUUUUUAUCUCUUCAUCUCAGUUUAUCUAUUUAUUUUUUUUUCUUUUAUUGAAACAAAAUAAUAAUCAUGUUAAUUCAUCAUUUUUUUUUUUUUUUUUUUUUUGUGCAUUCAAUUAAUAUAAUAUAUUGUUAAUAAUAAAAUAUAACAUAACGCAAUAAUAAUAAUAAUAAUUACACAAGACUAAAAUUAAUUUUUUUUUGUGUACAAAAAAAAAAAAUAGUAAUUUUUUUUUAAAAACAGAAAACAAGUUUAAUUUGUUUUCUUGGUUUUUUUUUUUUUGCUCUUUUUAUGAUAUACACAUAUUGCCCACCUAGGAACAAUUAAUUAUUACAAAUUAUUAUUAUUAAAAAAUAAAUUUCUUACUAACAAACUCUCUCGUUCUCUCGCUCUCUUUCUUGAUAAUUUUUUUUUUUAUUAAAAGAAAAUCUAUCAUGACUGUCGUGAUAUUAUAACAAAUUGUUUAAAUUUUUUUUAAAAUUUUUGAAUUAUAUUAUUAUACUGUAAUUACUUCAAUUAAAUUAUCGUUAAUAAUUUUUUUUUUUCGUUUGUAUUAAUCAGUCGUACAGAGUAAUAUAAUUUUCACAAUUUAUUUCGAAAAAAAAGUCAAUUUUAAUAUCAAAAAUAAUAAUGAUUUUUGUGGUUUCGUUUAGGCUUUUUUUUUAAUGAAUAUAAUUGAGUUAGUAUAUUUAAUUAAUAGAGUAAUGAAAAAUCAAUUAAAUAUAAACAUAAAAUUAUAUUUUUGAAUAACGAUGAUAAAUUGAUGACCAUAAACAAGUUGACAUAUAUUAUUAUUUGCAUUUAGAUGAAUUAUCUAUUUUUUUUCUCAUUAUUUUCUCAUCUUUUUCAUUAUAAAUUUGUUUUUUUUAUUUUUUAAAUUGUUUCUUUGUUAUUAUUAUAUUUUUAAAAAUACAUUCAAGCAUACAUACACAAGCUAUCAUACCUUACACAAGUGUUGAAAAUCUACAAAACUAUAUAGAGAUAAAGCAAAAAAAAAAAAAUCUCGAUUAUUUUAAUCUUUCAUUUGUUAAAUAACUUUUUUAAAAUGUUAUUUUUAAUUUAUUUAGUAGUACAAUUGUAUGGAUAAAUUAUAUAUCAUAGAUGAAAAGAAAAAAAAAUGAUUUUAUUCUGUUUAUUAUUAUUUUUUUAAUCUAGAAAAAUCGUCAUUCGUUCGAGUAAUUUGAACGAUAUGUUGAUAGGCCUCUUACUGGUCUAGAAUCUCUUUUUCAAAUAGCACAUUAAAAAAAUAAUAAUAUUGAUAAAUAAUUGGAAGAAAAAAUACAGCUCAAUGUGGGCUACAAAUAAGCAAUAAAUAAAUUAAAAAUUCAAUUAAUCAAAUUAAUAAAAAUAGCUUUUUUUUAAAUAUAUUUUAACUCAAUAUUAAUUAAUUGUAAAUUAACAUCAAAAUUUUGUAUCAAUGUGUUUUUAAAAAAGUACAAAAAUCUUUUUUAUAUAUUCAUAAAUAUACGUUGGCAGACAAACAAAUGUAUUAUUCACUGUACAAUAUAGAAAAAAAAAAAUAAAAAAAAAUUGUAGAUUAAUUUUUAGAAGCAGUAAUGCAAAAGUACAGAAAAAAAAAAUAAUAUAUAUAUAUAUAUAUAUAUAAUAUCAAACACUGUGAUGAUAUUUCUGACAGUAAUAUAUAUAAAAAAAAAAAAUUGAAAUGGCAACUGAAUGGCGAACAAAAAAAAAACAA